GAUUCGAUGAUGUUUAUUUGUUCGUGGGCGUCAGGGACGUCGAAAGUAAUCUUUCGUGGAAGUGGUUGGAUGGGCGCCCAGUCGACGCUGCAGACUUUUAUCCUGGCGAGCCCAACAGUAACGAUGGAAAGGUAUGCGGAGCCUUUCGAAUGCAUUACGCCCCGAUGCUCAUUGAUACCCUCUGCUCGUAUUCGUUCCGAUUUCUUUGUCAAUAUCAUCCUACCAACUGAAGAUGUUGAGGCGCCUCUCUAUGAAAGGAAGAAUUGGCUCGUUUAAUCUUGUUUUAUUUUAAUGUUGUCACGUAAUAUAAAAGACAGGCAUUUGCAAAAUCCUGUUAGUUAACAGUCCGGAAAGAAACAUUGUUAUGUUUCAAUCCAUCACAAAUUAUGAGGUAGUUAGAGAGUGAAGAGCUUCUUAUCAGACGAAUUAGGGGGGUGAGAGUCUUGUAAUAGUUAAGAGUCUUGAAACAGAUGUGAAAAUAGCAUUAGCUGUGAGCUUUGCACUACCUGAAAGUCUUACACUAUCACUGAAUCUUACACUAUCACUAAGUCGUUCACUAUCACUGAAUCUUACACUAUCACUGAGUCUAUCUAUAACUGAGUCUUACACUAUCACUGAGUCUUAUACUAUCACUGACACUUACACUAUCACUGAAUCUUACACUGUCACUGAAUCUUACACUAUCACUAUAUCUUACACUAUCACCGAGUCAUACACUCUCACUGAAUCUUACACUAUCACUAUAUCUUAUACUAUCACUGAGUCUUACACUCUCUGGCAGAAUCUUACACUAUCACUAAGUCUUACACUAUCGCUAAGUCUUACACUAUCACUGAGUCUUAAACUAUCACUGAGUCUUACACUCUCACUGAGUCUUAAACUAUCACUGAGUCUUACACUCUCACUGAGUCUUACACUAUCACUGAGUCUUACACUAUCACUAAGUCUUACACUAUCACUGAGUCUUAAACUAUCACUGAGUCUUACACUCUCACUGAGUCUUACACUAUCACUGAGUCUUACACUAUCACUAAGUCUUACACUAUCACUGAGUCUUAAACUAUCACUGAGUCUUACACUCUCACUGAGUCUUACACUCUCACUGAGUCUUACACUCUCACUGAGUCUUACACUCUCACUGAGUCUUACACUCUCACUGAGUCUUACACUAUCACUGAGUCUUACACUAUCACUGAGUCUUACACUAUCACUAAAUCUUACACUACGAAUAUUACACUGGCUGUGAGUGUUACACUGGCUGUGAGUGUUACACUGGCUGUGAGUGUUACACUGGCUGUGAGUGUUACACUGGCUGUGAGUGUUACACUGGCUGUGAGUGUUACACUGGCUGUGAGUGUUACACUGGCUGUAAGGUGGUGAAGGUGUCCUUGAGGACAUAAGGCCUCUUUUCCAAGGAGCUGCACUCUGUGCUCUAAAAUGAAGGAUGGGGGAAUCAGGUCCAAUGCCGUUGGCAACACCCUCCGAAGCCUCAUAGCUAAGGCAGCAGUGAGGUCAAUCAGUCAGGAAGCAGCCACCUUAUUGAUACACAAUCAGAUCGGGUUUGGGAUUCCCUAGGCUGUGAAGCUGCUACACAUGCAACGCUGCCAAUCUCUUCAUUGCCAACCUCUCAGACCAGAAGGCACUAGUCAAACUUGACUUUAAAAUUGCCUUCAAUCAAUUCAGAAGAGACGCUUUUAUUUUGCUUUCGGUCUCUCCUGGAUUUUUUGAUUCUUGCAAUCUUAGCUCAUUCGUUUCAAUUUCCCUACAUAGCCUUCUUUGUCGUUCUAGGGAUAGAGUUGAACAUUCAACUGUAUCCUAAGUUGAGUUGAACUUUUGCAGAAGAUGUUCUGCAAUUUGUUUACAUCACCUGUAGAGGUGCUCCGUUCUCAUUCCAGUUUGCAUAUUUUCUCUCUCUCCUUAGUGGUAUUUGACUUGACCAUAUUUCUAGUGCUACUUUGCCUAUUUUCUUAAGUCACUGGAAUAAGUUCGCAUUAUCUAGCUCUUGGAGUUGUGCCUGUAUUAUCUGGCUCUUGGAGUUGUGCCUGUAUUAUCUGGCUCUUGGAGUUGUGCCUGUAUUAUCUGGCUCUUGGAGUUGUGCCUGUAUUAUCUGGCUCUUGGAGUUGUGCCUGUAUUAUCUGGCUCUUGGAGUUGUGCCUGUAUUAUCUGGCUCUUGGAGUUGUGCCUGAAUUAUCAUGUUCUUGUAGUUGUGCCGCUGUAACCCACAGCUAAACUACAACCAUGUCGCCUCAGAGGUUGUAGAAGGUUAUAAACAGUAACGGAGGAUGGACAAGAUAUUGAUUGUUUGGGAAGAUUUCGAGCGGAUUUCUUGUUUAACUGUUUAUAGAUAUGGCUUCUCUUUGAUUGUUUGCUAAUAAAUUUAUAUAACCAU